AUGUAUAGAAUUAUUUUAGCAUUAAAGUGUUUACUCUGGUUUCUAGGAAAAUGGGAAGUAGAUUUGACUUGGCUGCCUUACUUCUCAAAUCCAUAUACAUAAUAUAAUAACAUUAGGGAAGCAAAAUAUCUUUUGGCGAAUAACUACAAUCCAUAUAAUACAGAUGGCAUAUUUUAGAAGCCCUUAGUUGUUUAUGGAUUAAUUUUGAUUGAUAACGAUCACAUAUUUCUGAUAGUCGAUAUUUUGAUAAGCUUUUUGAUUGUGCAAUUAUUUGGGGCAAAGUAAGGAUAUAGGAAAUCUAUUUUGCUAUUUUACCAUUUGAAUCCAAUUACUGUAAUAAUAAUUGAUAUUGUAGUUUGCAAACAUUAUAUUAAAGAAUACAAACGCAUUCGAUCACUUAUUAUUGUUGUCGACUAUAUAUGCAGCACUAAAAAUUAGAUUUCUUUCCCCAAUAUUAUUUGGAUUUUUACUAUAUUUAAAUCCAUAAUAUUUUAUUGUAUUAGCAGCAAUUUCUGUAAUCUUCAGAAGAGAAACCUCUACCACCCUAAAAUUUGCACUUAAAUUGAUAGCAUUUCUAUUAGUAAGUGUUGUGACUGUUGGUUGUUUAUUAUAUGUUUCAUACCGAAUAACUGGAGAUUGGUAAUUUAUUGAAAAAACCUAUAUUGAUUAUUACUUCCCUAAAGAUCAUAGACCAACAAUAGGAUUUUUGUGGGCAUUAUUUUCAGGGGUAUAUUUAUUCUCAUAUUUUUUAGUUAUUCUCAAAGUAUAAGUCUUUAUAUCAUGCAUUUUUUAUGUUGUUACCUUCGUGCUAUAUUCUACCUUUGUAUAAUUUAUUUGUGAAAUAUGCUAAGAGAGAGAAAGAGUAUCUUGGAUUUAUGAUUGGAGUUUCUUUGUUUGUAAUUAUUGAUAUUAGCAUUUUAGUGCAGUUUCUUGUACUUUCAGUAUAUUGCCAUAUCAGAUUUGGUCAUAAUCUUUAUACUUCUAUUCUAAAGAUAUGAUUGGCUAUUCAAUUCAUUACCAACGAUAGUUAUUGUUCAUGCAGGAUGCUUAAUAUUAUUCUUAGGAGGUGGCUUAUAACUAACAUGGACUCAUUCCUUUACAGGAAAUCCAAAUUUCACAUUCUUUUAAGUUUUUGUGUCAUAUGUUUUUUAUGUAAUCUUAGUUUCUGAAGGAGUGAGAGAAAUGUUGAAGUUUAGAACAAUAUAAAAGAAAGAAGAGAGAGAGAAAGUUAAAUAAAAUGGAGAGCAUUAACCUUCAAAGGAAGAGGAUGAUUAAAUUGGUAAAAAAAAAGUGAAAGGAGAUUGAACUAAAAGGCAAGGUU